UAUGGAUCCAGACUGCAGUAGCGUGCCGUAACAGCCACCCUUGAACUAGCACUAGGGUUGUAAGUGUGACGUACAGUUGGUUCGGGGGUGCAUUCCUGUUCAUUAACAAAAACCAUCACUUCGUAAACUCAAGGGACUCAAGAUGCGUUCUCUCAUCAUAUUAUUUAUGGCUUGCCUUUUGGGUCAUAAAGCACACGCUUGGGGAGGACUCUUCAAUAGAUUUUCCCCAGAAAUGCUAGCGAAUAUGGGGUACGGAGGCCACGGAGGGUUUAUACAGAGAACCGGCGAAGGAGAUGAAGGCAUAUUAGAAGAAUAUGCUAGCGAAGGUGACGAAGAACCGUGCUAUGGAAAACGCUGUACUGCCAACGAGCACUGCUGCCCGGGCUCCGUUUGUGUCGACGUAGAUGGAGUAGUCGGAUCCUGCUUAUUUGCUUAUGGGCGUAGAGUGGGCGAGUUGUGCAGAAGAGACAGCGAUUGCGAAUCAGGACUAGUUUGUGCGGAAGCAGAGCCAGUUGUAUCCACAAGAGUCUGCAGGCCUCCAGUACAUCAAGACAAACAGUACUCUGAACCUUGCAACAUGUCAAGCGAAUGCGACAUUUCCAGGGGAUUGUGCUGCCAGUUGCAGAGACGCCAUCGACAAGCGCCAAGAAAGGUCUGCUCCUAUUUCAAGGAUCCAUUGGUAUGCAUAGGUCCAGUAGCAUCCGAUCAGAUUAAAAGCACCAUACAACACACCGCUGGAGAGAAGAGGCUCACGGGUCUUGCAACUUUCAAAAGACCCAUGCAUUAAAUUCUUUCUUUCCCAUGAAAACCCUGUACAUUUCAUCGUUACGUCGGAAGUUACGUCGUACGGUUUCAUUGAUUUUUACAAUUUUCUUUAAUGUACACUAAUAAAGUAACGGUUUUAUUGAUUUGAGAAAGUUGGACUAACGUUAUAGUUUCGAGCCCUCCAAUAGAAACGUACAACGUAAGUUCUUGAUAAUCGCAAAACAUAACAUCCGUAAGCGUAUUGAUUUCAAUUUUACGUAUUGGCUGAGGUAUUUAUAGUGUUUAAGGUGUUUUCAAUCAAAUUUUAAAUCUGGCCUAGAUAUAGUAUUGAGAAAAUAAAAAUACAUAUCGUAGUACUUAAUAGAUGUAAGGAAGAUUUUAAUGAUUGUGCUUCUCGUAGAACGCACAAGAAUUAUAUUUUACAGAGUAAUAUUUCAGAACUUUUAACCGUCUAACUGUGAUGAUUUAUUAUUAUUUGCGCCAUGAAACCUUUCGCGAUUAAUCACCUUAUCCUGAAGUUACGAAUAAUGGCAGAAAACAGCAGUGAAUUAAUCGCGGACGAGGCUUUCAACUAUUGCUUCACAUAUUUGAGCGCAAACUUCUCGAUGGAACGAGAUUGAUACAUAUCAUAAUAUACAUAUCAUAAAUAUAUUGAUGUUAUAUUACUUUACUGUGAAACAUAUACGAGAUAUUAAAUAAAUGUCUACAGCAAA